GUGGGCAGUAAAGACAGAGAGAAAGAUCUAGAAAAAAUCAGUCUUGUUACUCAACUGUGGACUUUCCGAAACUACCCAGAAAUUAACUCGAUGACUUGUGAUAGACUUUGCCCGAGCUUCGGCGUGUUAAAAAACCUCCCAGAGGAAUUCAAACUGAGGAAUUUUCCCAAGAACCACCAACAACCUGGGUCCCUGAAGGGCUGAGACUUAAAGGCCAAAGAUCACCAGAGAGAUUUCCAAUGCUCACUAUACACAGCAGCAAAUAAAUAGCAAUGAUGGAGAAAGUAAAGCGCUAUCUAAUCACGCCUCGUCACCUGCGAGCCAGGUAAGUAUCUCUCACCACACGAAGAACGGUCACUCAUACAGGACACCAUCAUCAUCAGCAGGAUAACGAUUCCAAGCGAAUGCUUUAUUUUCUCUUCAUCACCACCCAGACAGCAUGACUCAACCGGAGGCUUUCGGAGAGCUCGAGCUUCGAUCUCAGCUCAGAGCAUCCAGAACAGAAAUCGCGAUGGCCGUCAGCGACCCUUUCCCGCUGCUGUAUGGCCUGGCGGAUCAUGACAUCAUCUCCGACCAUCUCCUCGGGGAAACUCUGGAGAGAAUGAAUAAAGAUGGCAUCCAUAAAGCAGUGUAUUCCCUCGUAACAUGGCUGCUGGAGCAGGACACCUCUAUCCUUCAGGCUUUCUGGAACAAUAUAUCCAAAGAGUACAAUCAGGAGAGUUACCCCAAACUGCAGAACCUCUUCGCUAAUUUACCUAAAGGUACUUCAGUGUCUCUGAGGUCAGGAAGCAGGCCAAGACCUGAGCUGCAGAAUCGGACUCCCAGCAAGAAGAGAGGAAUGGGAGAGAAACAGCUGGUGCUUUCUGCUCAGAAUUACGGCAAGAAAGCGCUGCAGAUCCGCUCAGGAGGGAAAGGAAAGCCGCUGAGGAAGACAGACAACGCGUCUCUCUCUCAGGUUUCACUGAGCAACGGCGUGCAGUCGGUGUCCACGUCAGUCCAGCGCGCUGUCACUCUGUCUGCUGGAGAACUUCCUGUGGAGGAGAUUCUCAUCCAACAAGUCAUCGAGAGUGGAGGAGCCAAGAAGUGCAUCAAGGUUGGGGGAGAGUUUUAUUCCUCCUCUACGCUGGAGGAGGAGACUGCGGGUGGUCACAUGACCCAGACAGGACAAAGUCACAGUCACCAGCAGGGGGAGACUCGCACCCGAGUGAUGGAUACAGACAGAUAGAUAGAUAGAUGUGUGUGUGUGUGUGUGUGUGUGUGUGUUCAGGUGGAACACAAUGAUGAUGAGUGUGCAGUGUGUAAGGACGGUGGUGAGCUGAUCUGCUGUGACGGAUGUCCUCGAGCCUUUCACCUCACCUGCCUGGUGCCUCCGCUCACCUCCAUACCCAGCGGCUCGUGGCGCUGUAGGUUGUGUAGCGGCGGCAGAGCGAUGGCUGAGAAGACAUUCACGCCACUGCAGUCUCCGCCUCCUCCUCCUCCUCCUCCUCCUCCUUUAACGGAGAGCAGCUCCAACUCCACGGUGGAUUUCUCCUUCUUCUCCUCCACCUCGGUCUCUGCACUCACGAGCAGCACCAGCACACAGCCUGCAGCAUUCCAGAACCCGGACCCAGAGCCGGCGGGCGUGAGGAAGUGGUGUGGGAUUUGCCACCUGAGCCGAGGAGAGCUGAUCAUCUGCCCUGAGUGUCUGCAGAGCUUCCACACACACUGCAACUUCCCCAAUGGGAGAGCAAGAUGCAGGACGUGUACAAGGUCUUGGGCGUCAACAGAGAUGGAGGCAGCUUCCAGAGCUGUGCAGGUAGCUCAGCGCUGUACAGAUCAGGGGUCAGCUCACGCCGAACCGCAGCUCCUUCACAAAGAUGAGCUGGACCAGUACAUGGGGGAGACUUCUAUAGAUGGGAUCCUGCAGUGGGCUUUUCACAACAUUUCUCGGCCACUCUCUGAGUCUCAGGGCUACUUCCAGUGACUCCACAUCACCUGUAAAACUUAAUGAUCUUAAUGGCAACACACACACACACACACACACACACACAGCUCAGCAAUCCCGAGACUUUUAUGUAACAUUGAUUUGAAGGUUCCUGCUGUAUGUAUAGUUUUUCGCUGUGCAGAUGAACAUUAGACUUAGCCUUGGUAUGUAAUAAAUAAUAAUAAUAAUAAUAAUAAUAAUAAUAAGGCCCUUAACCCUCAACUGGGACUGGCUGGCAUUGAGGCCACAGUCCCUUCACUGGGACUAAUAGAUUGAGGUAAUUGCUCAGUUGUUAAUUUGUAAGUCGCUCUGGACAUAAAAAUCUGCCAAAUACCGGAAAUGUAAAUGUAACUAAACUAAUAAUAAAUAAAUAAAUAAAUAAAUAAAUAAAUAAAUAAAUAAAUAAAUCAAUCAAUCAAUCAAUCAAUCAAUCAAUCAAUCAAUCAAUCAAUCAAUCAAUCUAAUGUUAAUGAUCAUGAAUUGGGAUUUUCAGCACUGUAAUAAAUCAAAGAAACAAAAAAAUUCCAAAAAAGAUGCUCUGGCUAAAGAAGCAGGAUUAUUUGUUCUAGAAGAUUCUGAGUCACAAUCAAAUCACCAUUUUCUUUUGCAAAAAACUGACCUUACCCAAUAACUGUAAAAAAAAAAAAAAUAAAAUAAACAAAAAAUUUAUCAAGGAAUUUUACAGAACCUUUUCAGGAUCUUAUGGAGGAAACUUUAUUGGAGGUGAUUUAUAAAGAAUUCAACUUAAAACAUCUGGACAAGUAAAAAAAAAAAAAAAAGCAGUACAGUGUUGGCUUUAAUGCCACAAAGAAAGCACCAAUAAAUAAAAAAAAAGAAUAUUAUAAGUCUUGUAAGUCUUUACACUGGGUUAAAGCUUGUCUAUUAUUUCGUUUUUCUAUGAGAAUAUCUUAAAUCUGGGCAGACAUAUCUAUUUUUCUCAUUUAUUUCUUUUUUUUAAUUAUUGAAGAUUUAUUUAUUUAUUUAUUUUAUUUUUUAUUUAUUUUACUUAUUUAUUUAUUUUUAUUAUUCCAGCUUGAGAUCGAUAUGUCGAGCAGAAAUGUCGAGUUUAUGACACAUUUUUAAGAAAAAUAUUUUUUAGGCUUACAUUAAUGCUGAGCUUAAAUGAGAAAUAUUUAAUUAGCUGUAAUUAAAUAUGUGUAAUGAAAACAAACACUGAGGAAUUUGUACGUUUUUAUGCAGUUUUUUAAAAAAAAUUUUAUCUGCUUAUAAAGCUCAUCACAAAUGCUUUGUAUAUGAUUCACGUUAAAAUUCCCCAAAUAUCUGCUGAUUUUUCAGCACUGAUAAAAAAUAAAAAUCUCUCUCCCCUGCUGUGGUGUUAAUUUAGACAUGAUGAAAGACACGUGAUGAUAAAACUCUGAGCUCUACACGUCUGUUAACGUUUAUCUCCUGGCUGUGACUCCACACGGAUUCUCUCGAUCCCCUGGUGGAUGUGGUAUUUCUAGGAAACCUAGUCAGAGUUCUCUCAAGGACACUUUCUGGUGGAGAGCCAAAGCUGUCAAGCUCUUAGAGAAAGAGGAAAAAGAGCGCAUGUGGAAUGUUAAUGACAAGCAUGUGAGCUUUGGGAAUUUUGCCUUUCCACUCCGAAACCCACGGCCAAAAUAUCUGCAGCUUUGGGAUGAAGAAGGCAGAUGGGAAAGAACUGAUCUGUCAGUUUCAUGUCCCUCAUUUCUCUUCCAGGGGUUUGAGGUAUUUUUCUUUCACCCUCCAGGUGUUGUAUCCGAAACGGGCCCAGAUAUUAUCUCCAUGGCUACACAUUUUUUAAGACCCAACAAAUACAGCGUGAGGAAUUCUGCGCUAGUCGUUAACUUCCAAUGGAGCAUGAAGGAAAAUGUUUUCAUGUGAGCAGAUGGAUUUUAUUAUUUUUUGGCCAGCCAGGUGGUGUAGAUCACCAGGAAUUAAAACGUCAGUCUCCCUGGUUCGGUUUUCUUCCCUGCAGGAGCUGAAACACUGUUAAGGAUUACAAGAUGUGCUUGUCCAGGAGAUAUAUAGCCAGAGAUCGAUAAAAGAGGAUCAGGAAAGUCUGGGUUUUGAGCCAAACGUUGGUCAGUAAAUGACGGUUGAAAACAUGCGAUGGAAAACAAAUAUAAUAGGUUUCUGUCCCAGACACAUUCUGAGACUGUGUCCUGUUGUGUUAUAAAAGGUUUAGGAUGGUGAUGGAUUGCCACUCCAACCUUCUUUUUGAUAGAAUUUUAAAUAAAAUCAGGUCCACGCUGUGCAGCAUGGUGUCGGGUGUGUCCAGGGUGUGUCCGGGUUAGAACUUUAAUCUAUUCUGAUCAUAAAAUAAUAACUUCUUUUCCAUUUCUUUAUUUAUUCUGCUGUUAUUUUUUUUCCUUCUUUUCACAUUUCAUAACAUCUUGCUAAGUUGAUUCUAUCAUUACAUCAUCUGUCCAUCAUCCUUAAUGGUCAGCACCAGCUACUAACGAGCUAAACCCCAAAAUUCACACAACAUCCACGCUUGGUCUCGGCACUUACCGGAUCUUUCAUGUUUCCACUGAAUGGAUCCCACUCAGCUUGACUGAUACAAGAGUUUAGAAUAAAAUAAUAAUCCUUUUUCUUGCUCUCCACCCCAUUUCCGUCAAAAACAACAUUGCUUCUAAUGGAAUUGCCUCGUGACAGGAGAAAAUUGGAGGCUGCUAGCAAAACAGCAAGGUGUGAAUGUCAACAAUUAGCACUUCCUCCGAUGUCAAGAUAAGAAUAUCAGCCAUUAGCGUGGCAUUCAAAACAUUUUCGGCAUUUGGCAGACGCCCUCAUGCAGAGCGACUUACAUUUAUCUCAUCUAUGCAAUAAUUUAAGAGUUAAGAGCUGUGUGGGCCGGUCCUGCGGUUCAAACUCACAACCUUCUGAUCAGAGGAGCACACACUUCUCAGAAUGCUAGCGUGACAGAAAAUAUAAAUAAUAAGCAGUUAGUGAGGCACACAAUAUAAAAACGUUCAGUUAGCAUGACGCAAUACGAAAACAAACCAUUUACAUGGGUGAAAAAUGAAACGUUUUACUUCCUAGAUCUUAGAAAAUGAAAUCCAGCCAUGAAGCUAAGAAUGUAAUAAAAUGAGCAGUUAGCAUGAUCCGAACUGAUGAAAGCCAGGUGCUGGUGACAUCACGGUAAGAAAAUGUGCAGUUAGCAUGGACCUAGCGGCUCAGAUGUCAAAUAAAACAUAUCUGCUUUCAGCAUGCAGAAGGGGAAUAGUUGAUCCUGUAAGCAGGAGCAUGCUUAGGAGAGAUGUUAAGGAGGAUUUGGCUUUGAUUUGGGAUGUUUUAAAUUUUCACCCACUAAACCUUUCACCAGAGAAGGUGGAAUGUUUACAUGCAUGCUGGAGGAUCUGAAUUGAUUGGAAUCUGCUGAAGAAACCAGGAAAUAACCCUAACAAUAAUAAAUAAAACCCCAGAACUAAUCGCUCCUACAGGCUGAGCUGGACUAACAGGCCGUAAGCUGCUGCGCUUUUCCUCAUCACCACUUCCUCAUGACGUGUCUAAACCCAUCACUUGAGAUUUUCUCAGUAAUUACCUGAAUAUUGUGAUAUUUCCUUGUAGAACUAACUCCUCCAUCAUGCAGCUGGAAGAUGAUCCACGGUUUGAACAGCUGGGCCCUGAGUUUCAGCAGCCGCUAACCACUUUGUUUUGAGUUUAUGGAAAUUUACAGAACCUUUUUCAGGACCUUACGGAGGAAAUAAAUGUUUUUCCAGCUAAAUGUCUUUUUAUAAACACCUUGUGGAAAUCCUCCAGUGAAGAAUUUACGACUAAAUGAACUGCAUCCCCCUUGAUAAAUGAGGCCCAGUGUUUGUGAUUUAAAAAGAAUUCAACUUAAAACAUCUGGACAAGUGAAAAGCAGUACAGUGUUGGCUUUAAUGGCACAAAGAA